AUCGAUUCAAAUGAACGAUUCGUUCACGAGUAGGCACAUCGCAAAGUUUAAUCUUCUCGCGCGCUGCUAUCUUUAGAGCGACGACGGCGGCUUAAGAGCAGGAGGAACACAGAAACCGGACCUAUCGACGAAAAGCUCGACGAAAAAGUCGUCCGUCUGGCUGUGAGGCGAUGGGGAAAUGAACGGUUGUCUUUGGCUCUCUUCACCGCUAGAAGCGUGACUCGAGGAUGCUGCUUCCCCGCCGAGGCGGAGGGCUGCCCGGGGCCUGGCGCCUGCCCGGGCUGCUCUUCUGCCUCGCUCUCGCUGCUGUUAGUGCUAGCGUGCCAGGUAAAGAGACUUCCCUUCCUGAUCUAGACGAGGAAAUUGACUACCUGUCUUCUAUCAUCACCAAGCAGCGAGCGUCACAUGUCAAAAAGCCAGUCUCUCCUUCCUGGUCAGCUCUCCAGUUGCAGUCAGAGAAGAACGAUCAGUCUAGGUUGAAGAAUGUGUCACGGUCCACUACAGCAAAACCCACCACCCACAGUCCGUCCACUGCAGCUCAGCACACCUCCAAAUCCCCUGAGCCUCGUACAGAUUCUUCUGGCCGCGGAAAACCCAUUGCGAUCCCCUUCCCCAGGGACAGCGUGCUUGUCCCAGUACUGAUGUCUGUGUGCAUUAUCAUCGGGACUGUGGCACUGAUCCUGGCGGCUGUGUGCUGGGUCAGGUUACAGAGAGAAGCUCACUUGGCUCAGAAAGUUGAUUAUCCUGCAUUUCAAGCAGAAGGUCCCAGAUCCUCUAGUGGCAUUUCUUCAGGAGACAAGAAGCUGGCUCACAGUGCCCAGAUGUAUCAUUACCAACAUCAGAAACAACAGAUGCUCUCAAUGGAGAAAAACAAAACUGAACCUAAAGUGUCUGAGUCUGGAGCCAUAUCAGAUGAGGAAACUGAAGAAGGAGACUUUACUGUAUACGAGUGCCCUGGACUUGCCCCGACAGGAGAGAUGGAAGUGAAGAAUCCACUGUUUGAUGACUCGAGUCUACACCGUGAGAGGAAUCACAAGUGACCUGGAUGUGUACACACACACACACACACACACACACACACUUGCUUAAAAGCAGAAUAGCAAAACAAAAAAGAGUUUGCUCUUCAUUGGGGAGCACAUUAUUGAUGCAUGCAUACACUUCUGAUGACCAUGCAUGGAGAGACACACAGACAGAGAAACCACAAACACCAGAAGUUUUGACUUGCCCUUUUUCAGACGCCCUUCAGAACAAAUGGAACGCAGAGGACGUCCUUAAACCUAAAACAGGAUGAAGAAUGGAUGAAAUAAAGGCAGCAGUUGAAAGUGAACUUUUCUUUAAAUGCACCUUUUCUAAAGACUUUAACAAACACUGUGGACCCGACAGCAACCUGCACAGCAGACUGAAACUCUACAGGGCUCUUUUCUUCUGUUCUCCUUUCACUCUGCUCCUGCUCCUUAGUGCUGCUUUUUAAUCAUAUAUCUGUUUUAAUCAUGCCUCUUCGCUCUUCGUGUUCUUUUGUUGAGCUUAGUUUAAAUGUCUCUUCCAGUUAGAUGUUCUUCAUUUAAACAGUCAUAUAUAUAUAUAUAUAUAUAGUGUGUGUAUAUAUGUAUAUGAAAGCUGCCUCUCAAAGCUCUUAUUUGGAUGGCAUUAUCGUUCAUUAGGCAUGUGUACUGAAUACACAGCACCCAUUCUCUUACAUCUUGCAUCCUUCACAGAUACAUUGAUAUGAUUUAAUGAUUUCAUCUCUGAUUUUGGUUUUCUUUCCUAGGCUGAUCUCCUUUUUAGGGUGGAAUUGCAUUUUCUAUGUUCCUUUCUAAGAUUUCAUAGUGCUUUUCUCAGGUUUCUUUACAGUAUUGUCUACCUCUCCCUUUCACUGUUAUUUUCCAGUUUUAUCUCUUGACAUGUAGACUACUAUUCAAAUAGAAUUAUCAGCAAUUUUAUUGUAUGUCAAUUCACUGAGGUAUUAAAUACUAAAGUCACUUUAGUACAAAUAAAGUAAAAUACUUGUGAAAGAGG